AUGUUCUCGACAGCUACAAAUCCAUACGACGAACUGAUCGGUAAAGCGACAGAUGAGAAUCUCGCUUCUGAGGACUGGGCGUUAAAUUUAGAAGUUUGCGAUAAAGUCUCUGGCGAAGGUGAAAACGGAGCAAGACAAGCAGUAGGAGCUUUGUCGAAAAGGUUGACGAAUAGGAAUCCAAGUGUUCAGAUAUAUGCUCUUGAGCUCGCCAAUACUUUGGCUCAGAAUUGCGGUAAAGAACUUUUUGGUGAAUUAUCUUCAAGGGGUUGGACAGCUGCUCUAGAUAGACUUGUCAAUGAUAGGACAACGGCUGCUCCUGUGCAAAAGAAAGCUUUGGCAUAUAUCAAAUCUUGGGCAAAACAGUUUGAAGAUACUGGUGAUCCCAAUCUUGGCAUUAUGGGUGAAUUAUACGACCAAUUAAGAGCUAAGAAAUUCGACUUUGAUGAGCCUGAACCUGUACCAGAAGAUGCCUCCGAAGCUAGACGUAGACAAGAAGAAGAAGAGUUACAAAGAGUAUUAGAACUGUCAAAACAGGACAAAGGAGGUAGAGCCACCAACACAAACUUGCACAACUAUAAACCUUCUAACCCUGCGACCGGAGCAGGAGGGGGAUCUGGUUCCGGAUCAGGCUCAGGAUCGUCUGCGUUACCUACUGGCGGAUCCUCAUAUCAGGCAAGACCACAACAACAACAACAGGUAUCAUACAAUCACCCGGUACCUCCUCUUCCUCAAGAACAAGAAGAAGAGCAGAUUCUCGAUGUGAAUACGGCAACGAGAGUCAGAGCAUUAUAUACUUUCACAUCUGCAGAAGUCGGAGAAUUGAAUUUCGAAAGAGGUGAUAUGAUCAAAGUUCUUGAUAGAGGUUUUAAAGAAUGGUGGAGAGGUGCUUGUAAUGGCAAAAUUGGGAUCUUCCCGGUUACCUACGUCGAAGCCAUGCCUGAGCCUUCUCCUAGAGAAUUACAGGAGGAAGCGCAGGAGGAAGCCAGAGUUUUCGCUUCACUUGGUCUUGUGGAUCAGCUUCUCCAGACCCUGAAAGGCAUCGACACGGCUAGGGGAGAUAGAAUUGAUGAUAGACCUGAAAUCGAGGAAAUGUAUCAAGCCUCUGUCAGUCUCCAAGAACAGAUUAACGCGUUGAUAAAGAAAUACUCUGAUCAGAAAGCUGAACUCGAGCAUAUGAAUGCGAAUUUCCUGAGGGCAAUUAGGCAAUAUGAGGAUUUGAGGAACCCAGCUCCGCAACAACCAUACGGGUACGUUCCGCCAGGUCAGCCUCAAGCCGAUCCUUAUGCUCAAGGGUACCAACAUCAACAAUACCCCCAACAACCUCAGGCUCAGGCUCAAGUCCCAGCUCAAUCUUUCGCACCACCACAACAAGCAUUCGCUCAGCAACCACAAUAUCCUCAGCAACCUCACCAGGGAUAUGCGCCUGAAUCACACGGUCAAGGUCAGCAAGGUCAAGCGCCACCUCAUUAUCCCCAACAGUCACCUAAUGGUCAUGGUGGACCUCAACAAGCUUUCCCUCAAGCUCAAACUGCUCCUACAACUGUCGAGCCUCAGUUAGGACAGUAUUAUCAACAUCGAGCUGUGUCAUCAACUUCGAUCAAUCGCGUUCCUACAGCAGCACCAAAUUUACCUCCCGCUGAACCCAUACGACACAAUACUGAACCUGGAAUUGCGGGCUUAGGGGCAGGAUCAGAUCCUCAAGCUGAACAUAAAAAGGCCUGGGAUGAUUAUUAUAGACAACAAGCCAAUAAUCAAUUACCAAAUCCUCAAAGUCUUCAAGCCCAACCUCAACCUCAAGGCUAUCCUCACCAACAAGGGGAAGUUGACACUCAACAAGCCUACGGUCAAUCACCUUAUCCCAAUCAAGGACAACAACAACAUCCUAUCGAUGGAGUCACGAACGGUAUGACUAGAAUGUCCGUUCAUGGCGCUUAG